UCCAGCCUUCCCGGCGUGCCCCGCGCCUACCACAGAGCAGAGGGCCGGCCCUGCCGCUCUCUUGCUCUCUCUUUUCCAGCGCACCGCACCGUGUGUGGGAGGCGGCGCGGCCGCGGCGACAUGGCGGCCGUGGGGCAGGCGGGUAGUGCCGCCGCCGCGGCGGAGCAGCACCUCAACGGCGAGCUGCCGCCGGAGCCUGAGGACAAGGACGGAGCGGAGGGCGGCGCGGCGGGGCUCGGCGCGGAGGAUGGUGCCAAGAAGAAGCGCAAGAAGAAGAAGAAGGGCAAAGCGGACCCCGCGGGACAAGAAACAGAUAAAGAAGUGGAAGGUUCUCUUGAUGACUUAGCAAAACAAUUGGAUAAGCAAGCACUGGAGGAGAAAGAUAAAGAUGAUGAUGAUGAAGAUGGAGAGGGUGAAGGAGAUGGAGCAACAGGGAAAAAGAAGAAAAAGAAGAAAAAGAAGAAAGGACCUAAGGUGCAGACAGAUCCACCUUCUAUUCCAAUAUGUGAUCUAUUUCCCAGCAAUGUAUUCCCGAAGGGAGAAGAAUGUGAAUACCCAUCAACACAAGAUGGGCGAACUGCUGCUUGGAGAAUAACUAGUGAAGAAAAGAAAGCUCUAGACCAAGCCAGCGAGGAAAUCUGGAAUGAUUUUCGGGAGGCUGCGGAGGCACACAGACAAGUGAGGAAAUACGUUAUGAGCUGGAUAAAACCUGGAAUGACAAUGAUAGAAAUCUGUGAAAAACUAGAAGACUGCUCGCGUAAGCUGAUAAAGGAAAAUGGUUUAAAUGCAGGUCUUGCAUUUCCUACUGGGUGCUCUCUGAAUAAUUGCGCUGCCCACUACACUCCCAAUGCUGGUGACCCAACAGUCCUGAAGUAUGAUGAUAUUUGCAAAAUAGAUUUUGGAACACAUAUUAGUGGUCGUAUUAUUGACUGUGCCUUUACAGUCACAUUCAAUCCAAAAUAUGACAGACUAUUAGAAGCUGUAAAGGAUGCUACAAAUACUGGAAUAAAGUGUGCUGGAAUAGAUGUACGCCUCUGUGAUGUGGGGGAGGCCAUACAAGAAGUUAUGGAGUCUUACGAAGUUGAAAUUGAUGGCAAAACAUACCAAGUUAAACCAAUUCGGAAUUUGAAUGGACACUCGAUUGGACCAUAUAGGGUACAUGCUGGAAAAACGGUGCCCAUUGUGAAAGGAGGGGAAGCCACAAGAAUGGAGGAAGGUGAAGUAUAUGCUAUAGAAACCUUUGGUAGCACAGGAAAAGGCGUUGUUCAUGACGAUAUGGAGUGUUCUCAUUAUAUGAAGAACUUUGAUGUUGGACAUGUGCCAAUAAGGCUUCCAAGAGCAAAACACUUGCUAAAUGUUAUCAAUGAAAACUUUGGUACUCUUGCCUUCUGCCGCAGAUGGCUUGACCGUCUGGGGGAGAGUAAAUACCUAAUGGCAUUGAAGAACCUGUGCGACUUGGGAAUAGUGGAUCCAUAUCCUCCCUUAUGCGACAUCAAAGGCUCGUACACAGCACAGUUUGAGCAUACUAUACUGCUGCGCCCAACGUGCAAGGAGGUUGUCAGCAGAGGAGAUGACUACUAACCUCAAAGCCACCUCAGCACCUUUAUACUCUAGGCUUUGUUGGAACAUACUAUACCAGAAUUAAUUUGCAACAUAUUGUCUGUUUUCACAGUGGACUUGAUGUAAUACUUUCCAUAUUUGGAAAGGAAGGAAUUUAAUCAAAGGCAAAUCUUCUAAUGUAACUAACCGAGGAAAAAGCUUUCAGCCCUUUAGAAAUAUUUCAAAAGUUACUUAUUUUUUCUGUUCAGGGAAACAUGUGCUAUAAGGUUCAGUUUUUAGUUUGGAAUGAGUUAUACAUUUUGUUUUGAACAUUUAUGAGAAAAGAUGCUUUUAAAAUAUUUAUAUUACCAUAUUCCUACUUGAAUGCUUUGAAUGACUACACCUGAUUUCUGCGCCCAAGUCCUCUAUGAUAUUGCCUUUUAAACUUCCUGGAAUACAUUUUGUAAAAAAUAGACAAAUUUUCAGAUCUAAAAAAAAUAUAUAUACUUUUUAGAAGUCUGGUUGCGAUUCUGGUCAGGAGUCUGCUGGGAAACUGCUCUAUUAAAUAUUUUACAAACUUGAUUUGCCAUUUUUGUCUUGAUACAGGACCUGUCUUACCCAAAGUAUGAAACUUAGCCUUUCAGUGCUUGUUUAAACAGUUUGUCAGUGCUGGGAUACAGGGCAAGAAGUUGUCAACUCUUUGCUGAGCAGAAUAUGGCAACAUCAGUAGAGAUGUGUGGUACAUCUGGUUUUGAGUGUGCCAGUCUUUGAUUUAGAUGUCAGCUGUGUUAGAACAUGUCAAAUGUAUUUGGUGGUCUCUGUUGCUGUUACCAGCAACAUGCAACUUUGGGCUGGUCAAUAUUUGUCUUUAUCUCUGCAUAUUCUUUGCUGUUGAUAUGCCCUCUUGCAUGAAGUGAAAUUUUCCUUCAUGUGAUUCCCAGCUCCUUAAAGUUCACAUUCAAUUGGACAAGUUAUGGGGACAAGAAAAACAUUAAUUUAUUUUGGAGUGUUAAAAGUUGUUCCAUACAGGCAAACUAAUCUGGAGUAUCUGACCUUUUCUUGGUGUAAAAGGUCACUCAUUAUCUGCCUUCCUGCUGCAGUGAACCUGACUGUUGAAUCUCAAUUUGUUAAAGAUAAAUCGAAUCCCAUGGCUCUUUUGGGCCUGUUUGCAGUAUGUCUUCCUUUGCCGUAUAUUUUCCUCAUGACUUACCUGUUAACAUUUUAUACAGUUAUUAGUAACAAAAAUGACAGCUUCUUCCCUAGGACAGCAACAGUGCCUUAAAUGUAACUGCUUAGGAAACAGAGACACUUGACCUGCUCCUCUAUAGUGACAGCUUGUGUUUAUUUAUAGAGGAGUUUGUAUUAAUUUAGAAAUAUCAAUUCUUUCCCUCGCUGUCUUUGCAUAAAAGCUGCCUUUUUGUCAUUUAAAACCCAAGUAUGUGAGCUACAGUUCAGAGGGGAGCGGUGUCAUCUACUGCUUGCAGUUUUAAAAUAAGAGACACUGGUCGUUUUGUUCUUCUGAUUGUAAGUAUUGUUUAAACUAAGUAGUGCUUGAACUUGUAGAAAUGACUGAAAUGGGAUAUUGGAAUGUGUAUUUCUGUUGCUGUUUGGGAGUCUUGGCAUCCCAGCAAUGUAUUUUCAGUAAUGUAUGCAGCUGUGUGGGCAUGUGUGUCUUGGCUUCCAAACAAACAGUAGCUGGUGUAUACACUUCAACAUGGCAGUGAAAACUGGCACUUGAGGCGGCUGUAUGGUGUAGACAGUUGCUGGGCACAUCGGCUGCUGCUGUUUUUAUUGAUGCUAACAGGACUGUACUGCUGGGACACUUCUGGACUUGAUAGGAGCAGGUUCUGGCAGAACCGAUAGCUUCCCACUCAUUGCUUGCCUUUGUAACAAGCCUGCUUGUGACAAGUUCCAGUAGAGACAGGACAAAUUUUCUUCAGUUCUUAGCCCCUCAUCUGCUAAUUCAAGACUUCUCCCCUAAAAAGAUGGUUAUCUAGCAACUCAGUAGUGCUUGAUGCUGUUCCUGCAGCUUAAGGCUUUUUAAUCUUGACUGAUAGGUUACUUCAAGAGCAAUCAGUAUUACAGAUGAGUAGUUUGUUUUCCUUUGUCAUUUACCUGAACAUGGUGGGAAGAUCCAGGCUGGCAGAGCUGCUUUGGACUAUGCACUAUUCUUUUAACUUCUUACUGGCUGUUUGUUAAUUCCCAGUGGAAGCUGAUAAUCAAAGAUAAGUUGCAGAGGAAAUGCCUCAAAAAAAUACUUGCAGAACAUGAUGUUUAUUUGUUGUCAUUAGAUUCAAUUGGAUUUGUUUGGAUACAGCUUCCUGUGCUGCUUGCUGACUGUCCUGCACCUACACCUGUCAAUAUAGAAGGCAAGCCGUAUGUCUGCCUUUGCAUUGAAAAAAUAAAAUCCAGCUUGUCAGAGA